GAUAAAAUUUAAAAUAAAAUUAAAUCUUUAAAUAAAUUAUGGGACGUAUGUAAGCUAAGGGAAAAGGAAAGGGUAUCUCUGGAUCAGCCCUUCCAUACAAAAGAAAAGCUCCAAAAUGGUUGACACUCUCAUCAAAGUCCAUCGUUGAUUAGAUUGUAAAUUUGGCAAAGAAGGGUAUAAGAAUAAUAUAAUUUCAGGUCUAAAUGGAUCAUAAAUUGGUGUUUAUUUGAGAGAUCAAUAAGGAAUCCCAUAAACCAGAUUCUUAACUGGUCAAAAGAUCUUAAGAAUCUUAAAGAAAAGAGGUAAUUCUUCCCCUUAAUGACUCAAAUUCAAGGUUGCGCACCUAAAAUCCCUGAAGACUUAUAUGCUCUUAUUAAGAAGGCUGUCCAAAUCAGAAAACAUUUAGAAAAGAAUAGAGGAGAUAUUACAAGCAAAUUCAGAUUGAUUUUGGUUGAAAGCAGAAUUCAUAGACUCAGCAGAUAUUAUAGAAGAACCCAAAAAUUACCAUCAAAUUGGAAAUAGUAAGCUAACAUCUCUAAAUAUUUAGUGUAUCAAAGACUGCAUCUGCCUUAAUCGGUUAAUGAACAAUCCAUUUAAUCAAUAUAUAGUACAUUAUUAAUAAUAACAUAAAUUAAAUCA